AUGCCGCCGAAGAGGCCGACCAGGGUCGGCGGGGCGGCUAGGGAGGACGGGGAGAAGCAGAUCAACCUGGGGGACACGUCCAGCGCCAAGCACACGCUGGACGAGGCUGCCACGGAGGAGAUCUUGCUGCAAGGGUACAAAGAGGACCACUUUGUGAGCAACGUGAAGAUCGUCCUGGGCGCGAUAUCGAUCGCCCUGGCCCUGGUCUCCCAAUUCUGGCCUGGCAAGUUUCAUGAAAACUGGUGGCUUGUGCUGGGGUGUGUGGUGGGCUACACACUUGUGACCAUCAUUCUCACUGUCUUCUGCUCUGUCAAGGAGGGCAAUGCAUUCCUCUUCACCAAGAAGAAGAAGAAGGGCACUGCGGGCCUGACAGUUUCCUCCACGCUACCAAGAUUUUCGGAUAUGUACACCCUCAGGAUAGAGAGCACUGCAAAGGGGGACAGCAGGCCUGCAAAGGAAUCCACGAACAGCAUCACAAAAUACUUCCACGCAGAUGGCUACCUCUCGUCCUCCGCCUUCCAAGACGAUGUCACGAAGCUCCUGCACUCCUUUGAGCACUCGACAAAAGACUGA